AUGUUGAAGGAUCAAAUUUGCGAAGACGAAGAAAGGUAUGUACGCCAUCGAUUGGCUUACACAAAUGGUGCCCUUAUUGAAUUUCUGCAGUCUCUUGAUCUCGUGGAAUUUAGUGCUGAGAUUUAUCAUGAGAUCGAGAAACAGCCGCCAAUUAUAGGAGCCGCACUUUCGGGUGGUGGAUAUCGAUCAAUGCUUAUCAGCACUGGCUUUCUCCAAGAAAUGUAUGACUGGCAUCUAUUUGAUACUUUAACUUAUAUCUCUGGACUUUCAGGUGGUAGUUGGACCCUGAUGGAUUUGAUAGUUCAUGAUUUUGAACCUAAUCGAAUGAUACUGGACUGGAACCUAGACGAUGGGCUAUUGCAGGGCAUUCCCGAAUUUGAUGUGAAGCAGAAGGAUAUUGUUUCCGGAAUGCAGGAAGCAGAUUUGCCCAAAGAGGUACUGAACAAAAGGAAUUUGGACGAACCUAUGAGCUUAAACUUUGUUGAGUUUCAAAGAGCCCUAGAUAUAGAAGCUACCUCUUUGAACGAAAGUGGUGAGAAGCAAUCUCUGAGUAAGAGAGGCUUUAACCCUCUUACCAAGCUACGAGAAACAAUAUUUCACGGCAGCGAAGAGGUCGCCAUAUCUGAAGUCGAGGCAAUAGAAAGAAGAAAUGGAAAAGUGUCAAUGAAUUCCUGGAGAUCACUCAAGCAGGUAGUACAGUUCUAUAUUGAUCUCCACAUGGAAGUCAGGCCCAAGAAGGUUCAAGGGUUCCCGGUGUCGUUUACGGACUAUCUGGGAAAAGCGCUUGUGAAAAGCCUAGGUGAUGCGAUUCAGAAUAAGUCCAUGACGUCAUUGUCUCGAAUGCUUAGCGAGUCUCAGAGCUUUCAAGAGUUCCGUGCUCCAAUUCCCAUAUUCGUUGCCAAUUGUAAGAAUAACUAUUUGAAAAAUGUUAUCUUCGAAUUCAGCCCUUUUGAAUUUGGAUCCUGGGAUCCACUGUUGCGAUUGUUCGUAAAAUUGAAAUAUCUUGGGUCCGAGAUCAAGGAAGGAAUAGCUCAAAGGUGCAUUGUAGGCUUUGAUGAUCUGGGAUUCAUUACCGCUACUUCAUCAUCUAUCUUCAAUAAUGUUCUGCUCUAUAUCUGGGAGAUGACAGCUAAAUCAUCAAAGGAAACGAUACGAGCAGUGAAGGCAAUUAUGGGGUUGUUCGGGCUGAGAAGCGCUGAAAACGAUCUAAAACCAGUAGAUCUGACUAAAGUUAAGGCGGACUUUGCUGUCUACCAUCCAAACCCUUUCUUAGACUAUCCCACGGUGGACAGCAUUCUAACUGCUGAUGAUCACCUCUACUUAGUAGAUGGCGGCGAGGACGGUGAAAAUAUCCCAUUAAGGCCGCUUAUGAUCGCAGAAAGAGGGCUUGACGCAAUCUUCAUUCUAGAUUCAAGCUCCGACAUCGAAAAUUUUCCUGAUGGUAGAAAACUGCAGAAUGUGAUGCGCCAGGUCUUCCCGGAUAUGAACUGGUCAUUCCCUAACUUGAGCUUGCCCCUCAAAAAGCUUCUAGCAUUUGGCUGCUAUGAUGCAGAAAUUCCUGUUCUUCUCUAUUAUGUCAAUUCCAAGCACUGCUACCAAUCGAAUACAUCAACCUUUAAGAUAACGUACAAUGAAGCCGAAAUUGCUGGGAUGCUUGGGAACGGACGUGAUGUGUUCAGCUCUAGCUCCAACCAUCGCUAUAGAAGUUGUAUUGGAUGCUUGUUGUUGAAAAGAACCAUUGAGCGAUCGGAAAGCCAUUCAUACCCCGAUUACUGUCAAGAAUGUUAUGAUGAAUAUUGUUAUUGA